AAGGCAGAGCACAUCCAGAGACAUGGCUCCGUGAAACGGCACGUGGCAGCUAGCAGCCAUGGACCAAAAAAGAAAAAAAGGAACGCGCGUAAACCAGAAAAUGUCUAAAUAAAGGCUUUAUUCCGGUUAUUUUGGAAUCACUCCAACACCUGCAAUAUUCAUAGCCACAACUGGUUGUCACUGUCAAGGGGAGAAGGCACCCGGCUGCUACCUAACAGCUGCAUUUAGUUUGCUAUUCGCCUUCUGCGGUCAGUUUUUAAAGCACUAUAUUUCUUAAAGAAGCUCAACAUGGGUGUGCAAGGUUUCCAAGAGUACAUCGAAAAGCACUGCCCAAAUGCUGUCGUGCCGGUGGAGCUGCAGGAGCUCGCUCGGGGGAGUAUGGUCGGAGGUGGCAGGCAAAGACCACCACAGAGACCGCUGAGGCUGCUGAUGGACGCCGAGAAUUGUCUCUACCGUCUCUACGGCGGUUUCAACACUGACUGGGUUAGCGGGGGCCAGUGGAACCAAAUGCUGGGUUACUUAGCGGCACUGUCUAAGGCCUGCUAUUACGGGAACAUUGAGCUUCUGGUGUGCUUCAAUGGCGCACUGGAAAAGGGCCGUCUUCACGAGUGGGUCAAGCGGCAGGCGAAUGAGAGACAGACCGCCCAGCAGAUUGUCAGUCACGUACAGAACAAGGGGACUCCGCCGCCAAAAGUCUGGUUUCUUCCCCCAGUAUGCAUGACCCAUUGUAUCCGACUGGCGCUUCGCUGGUUCCACAUCGGGGUUGUCCAGAGCAUCGAGGAUCACCACCUGGAAGUGAUAGCCUUACGCAGGGAGAAUGGGUUCCAUGGCCUGGUGGCCUAUGACUCUGAAUAUGCUCUCUGCAAUAUCCCAUGUUACUUCAGUGCCCAAUCCUUCAAACUCAGCCGCAAUGGCAAAAGCCUGACCAUCAGCCAAUGCUUGGUGCAUGAAGUGGCAAAGCAGCUUGAUCUCAAUCCAAAUCGUUUUGUCAUUUUUGCAUCACUUUUAGGAAAUCACAUACUGCCCGAUGAAGACUUGGCUGCCUUUCACUGGAGCUUACUUGGUCCAGAGCAUCCAUUAGCAUCUUUAAAGGUGCGUGCCCACCAGCUUGUGCUUCCCCCUUGUGAUGUCGUCAUCAAGGCUGUGGCCGACUAUGUGCGCAACAUCAAAGACAUCAACGACUUGGAAGCCAUCGCUAAGGACAUUUUCAAGCAUUCACAGUCUUGCAAAGAUGACAAAGUUAUCCGCUUCAGGAAGACAGUGGAGUACUACUCAGCAGCCAGCAAUCCCCCUCAGAUCACUCCACGGUUAGUCAAACCAAAACAGAUUGGAGUGCCUGCUACCGUGCCACAAUAUACAUCUCCAAAAAUGCUCAACAUUCCGCAGGCUCCUCUGCCCAUGAAAUCUGGGGUCCAUCCUGUCUCUCCAACCCCACCAGUGGAAUGUAGUUUGGCUGUGAACUCAGUAGCGAAAGGCCUGCUUGAACAGAACAGCUUCAGCAACAUUCCUCAUGAAGGGAGGUACACAUCCCUAUAUGAGAGGUCCUCUCCCAUCAAACCUGACCAGUGCAGCAGCCCCAACCAUGUAGACACCACUUUCUUUAACACCUGUUCCACAUCCUCCUCAGAGAAUGAGGAGACCAUGGCCACAACUGCCAACCAUGUUAAUGACCAUAAAGGAAGAUGGGACAAAAAUGGAAAUGAUUCUCAUUCUGAAAACACAUCAGAGCGAGAACUUGAAGACCAAACAAAAGGUGACCUUUCACUGAUAUCCCCUGUGAGUCCAGAGUCACAGGCAGGAAGCCAUCACAGCCUGAAUGCCCAGAUCCCUUCUCUUCUCUCCAUGCCAACCAGGAACCACAUGGACAUCACCAUCCCACCUCUUCCUAUAGUGGCCCCAGUGGUGCUACGGGUUGCUGAGCACAGACACAAGAAUGGCCUCAUGUACCCUUACAUCUACCAUGUCCUCACUAAGGGUGAGAUUAAGAUAUCUGUCACCAUUGAAGAUGAAGCUAACAAAGACCUGCCUUCAGCAGUGCAGCUGUUUCGGCCUAUCCGGCAGUAUGUUUAUGGAGUGCUCUUUAGCCUAGCUGAGGCCAAGAAAAAGGCAGAGAGACUGGCCAUGAAGAAAAAUUGCCUCCCUCAGUAUUCACCUGUGAUUGUGAAGGAGUGGGCAGCGUACAAAGGAAAGUCUCCCCACACACCAGAGCUUGUGGAGGCCCUGCCCUUCAGGGAAUGGACCUGUCCCAACCUGAAAAGGCUGUGGCUGGGGAAAUCCAUGGAGUACAAGAACCGCAGGAUGAGAGCUUUCUUGGCUUGCAUGCGCUCUGACACCCCAGCUAUGCUGAACCCUGCCAAUGUCCCCACCACUCUCAUUGUGCUCUGCUGUGUGCUGCGGUAUCUGUUACAUUGGCCAGGAGUAAGAAUUUUGCGUCGUAAUGAACUUGACGCUUUCCUAGCCCAAGCACUUUCUCCUAAACUAUAUGAGCCUGACCAGCUCCAGGAACUGAAGAUUGACCACUUGGAUCCUCGUGGUGUCCAGCUUGCAGCUCUGUUCAUGAGUGGAGUGGACAUGGCUCUGUUAGCCAAUGAUGUGUGUGGCCAACCUAUUCCGUGGGAACACUGCUGUCCAUGGAUGUACUUUGACGGAAAGCUGCUUCAGAGUAAACUCUUAAGGGCCAACCGGGACAAGGCCCAACUCAUUGACCUCUGUGAUUGUCAGCCUGAACUGGUUGCUAAGGUGGAAAAGAUGCGUCAAAGUAUCCUGGAGGGACUAAACUUUCCUCGUCCACCUCAUCCUCUCCCAUUCCCACCGCCGCCCCUACUUCUUCCUCAUCGCAUGCCUUUCUACCCACACACUGGCUCCUUCUACCCUCCACACCCAAUGAUACCUCCUCAGAAGAGAGGAAGGGGCAUUCCUGCAGUUUCAUCACAGGGUGGGAAGCUGGAAAUAGCUGGCACUGUGGUGGGUCAGUGGGCAGGCAGCAGACAUGGAAGAGGAGGCUUCCCCAUCCAGGUGGUGUCAGUUGGUGGGCCAAAUAGAGGUCGUCCAAGAGGUGUGAUUUCCGUGCCUGUCAUAAGGACCAUUGAUCAGAGAAUGAAAUACCAUGGUCGAGGUUUCAGGAGUCAGGGUAAAUACCAGAGUAAGCCAGUUCAUACAUCUGGACGGGAUGUGGUGAAGGAGCGAAGGAAGCUGAAGCCAGAGAGGAAACCCACUGCUGUGCCAUGCGAAGGUGUCACCACAGAGAACGGAGUGGAGGGUAACGAAUCAGAGCAGCUGAAUGGAGAUAAAGACGAAGGCAGGGCUCUCAUCCAACCUGAAAGUGCCUUUAGCAGUGACUCCAAGAUGUGCAAUGCUAAUCCUCACUUAAAUGCACUAAAUGCAGACGGUGACUGCUGUAGAGAUGAAGCUCUUGGUACCUCCGUCUUAAAAAACGAAUUGUAAGCCUAUUUUUCUAGAGAGGGUGAAGAAUGAGUUAUGGGACAGGGUUAGAAAUAUCUGGACAGUUGUAAAGCCUUACAGUUACUGUAUAUUUUUCCUCUCAAAAAAAAAAGAAAGAAUACAAGACAAGUUUCAGAUCCCUCUCAGUAAACACAAGUGUACCAGUCAUAUGACAAUAUACCGCUAAUUAAAAGUACAGCAGUUGUUCACUCCCUCGUCACCAAAGUUAUACACAUUUCAUGUUUGUGAGGAUGGCACUUUUACUUUUCUCAAAAUUCCUUAAGCCUCAAAUUUUAGCUCUAGAAACUUAAGUUGUUUUUAAGGUGGAGAUACUCAUCCAGUACUUGGCACCAUAUAUUUUGCCGUCGUUAACUGAGUUUGUGUUGUCACAGUAAAUGUGUGAAACCUGAACCUGAAGAGAAAACACAACAUUUCUCCCAUGGAUCAUCACUGCUGGUUUGAGUUUUAUUCACCGUUAAGUAAUUCUAGUGAAUUAAAUGCUGCAACAUUAGUUCAGGAUGAGCUCAGUGGGAUUUAAGUCAUUUCAUCAUAGCUAACAUUUUAAGAAACUGCUACAAAAAUCAGAUGCAAAAGAUCUUGCCAAAAAAAGAAAGAAAAAAAAUCUGAUUUUUACUCAAAAUCGCUGAUGAACGUGGUUUCUCGAAGAAAGUGUAGAACUGUAGUAUUACUGUGUCAGCAAAACCUUCUGCAUGAUUCAGUUUAAGAGGUUUGUAGUUACUAUGCACGUUGUCUUUUUCUCCCAUCCUUUACAAGUUCUGUGCCCAUUUGCAAAUUUAAGAGAUGGCUAAUACCAGUAAUACUACUGAAAAGGUGUUAACUGUUGGUCAGAAUCAGAUUUGCUCUGACCUUAAAUUUAUGUGAUAUUGACCUUUUUUGCAUUUAAUUGAAAAAAAAGUUUAGACAUAUUUGAAUAGUAUAUUCAUUCUAUACAUUCUUUGUUGCCGUUUUCCACAUUAGUUAAGUAUCUCAACAACAAACAAAAAAAAAUCAUCAUAAAAAGCUUUGCUCUUAAAUCAGCCCAUUUUGUAGCUGGAGGUAGCUACGAAAGGUCAGCCGGUACAUCCGUUUUGAGAUUUACAUUAGUAUUUUCAGACUCAUCGUACUUUUCAACCCCAAAAUCCUUUACCUAACAUCUAAAUUCUCCGAAGCUUUUCAUCUUCAUUAGUGAUCAGAAAUAUGGUGUAUCCCCCCCCCCCAAGUCCUUUGCAAGAGCUUAAUCGGUUACCUUUUAUGUGAGUUGAACAGAGUUUCUACCUGAUUCAUUAAUUGUUAAAAGAUUGAACUGCUGUUGGGUUUGAUUGUAUGCCGAUGGAUUGUGAUGUGGUGUAUUUGAAGGCAAUGCAAGU